CGGGGUCACUCACUGUGGGCCCUUUUAACAUCAUGUUCAUCACUGAACAUCACGAAGAGGACUAUUUAGUUUCGAGAGUCUUCAAAGUUCAAUACAUGAAAAAGGAGAGGACGGUAACGCAGCUGCUGUACCAGAAGUGGCCAAGGCGCCAGAUGGCACCGCCAAAUGUCGGUGAAUUUCUGAUAUUAAUGGACGCUGUGGAGAAGAGGACAAAAUCUUCAACAGCGUUGAUACAGUGCUUAGAUGGUGCUACAAGAAGCGGCCUGCUGCUGGUACUGUUGUACGCCACGGAAUGCAUGUCCAAGAAUGGGGAAGUGUCGCUGCCUAUGGUCAUCAGGCAUCUUAGAACGAGGCGUCCGCAGCUCAUACCGAACUUUGAACAGUAUCGUUUUAGCUACAGCUUGCUGACACAGUAUGUAGAAUCCAAUGUGACGUACGCCAACACAUAGCGUCAAGAGAGUAUCGAUACUAAGUACAUCUGGAAGUCGCGGUGUUUAACUUGAUGCACAUAUAAGAACGUGACAUAUGGCAAUACGUGCGCUAGAUGUAGAUGUUCAUGAAUAUUGCAAGUUUGCACUUAUUACGAUAGAAAUGACUCGCAUGUAGCCACAUUAUCAAACUAGAUUGAAGAACGAUAGAUAACAUUUAAAAAAAUAUUUUUCAAAGUGUGGGCCAUUUGAUUUUUUAUGAACAAUAUUUGUUCUACGUACUAUUUAAGACUGCAAUAUAGAUUGUCGACAUUGAGGUACACAAAUGAUGGACCCUGGAUUGCAUUUGGACUUGUGUAUUAAUUCCAGUUUUUUACUUUUAUUGUGAAAUAACUUCUGUGCUUUGAUUUGUAUAAUAGAAAUGAAUAUCGGCAUAUUGUAUACUUAAAGUUUAUUGCUGAGAAGAAUGACUUAUAUUUUAUUUCUUGCAUAAUAUACAGCAUUUCAUUUUAAAUUAUAUCAUUUCAUUGUAUAUAAUUACGCUAGACACAAACAACUCAAACCUUUGAACGUAAACAAAAACAACAUCCAUGUGUGAGACGAAGCAAGAUUGUGGCUAUACAAACAUUCUCUAAUGAUAAAACUAUUGAAAAUUAUGUACGGACUUUAAAUCACUCUUUUAUCAUAAAUAUUUAUGUCAAGUGUAUAUCAAGUUAUAAGAACGUGUUUGACAACUUCUACAACAUUGAUGCACUUUAUAAUAAGGACUACUGGCAUUCAGAGUAAGGUUUAGUGUACAAUAUUUAUACAAAAUUUAACAUGUCGUAAUAAAAGUCGUAGGUUGUGUACACCCGUUUGCAUAUUUGUUUCAUUCCAUAUUUUGACACUAAGAUAACUGUUUUUUUAAUUCAUAUAUUUUCAUAUGAAAAUGUAAUUGUUCUGCAUUUUUAUUGAAAUACGAAUUUCUUCGAGUAGGCAUUAAAUAAUGCCAUACAAUAUUUCUCAUUAAAACAUUAAAAUGGGGGGGGGGCACAGUAUAAUUUUACUUUUGUACUAUGUUCAUAUUGUUUAAUUUGCUAGUAAUUAUAUUUUUAUUUUCAGUUUUAUAAGCUCAUUUGUUUUAUUUUUUAUAAUAACUUAUUGCAUUCAUUUUGUCUCGCUGCCAAUGUAAAUGAUUACAAGUGUUCAUGGACACUUUUUAGCAUACAGCAUUCAAGACAGGUUUAUUUAUCAUAAUAUUUUUUGCGUUUGAGAUUUUUAGCCUAUCAGAAAUUUUAACUUUUGUGAUUGCAUUUUCGUCUAUCAUGCGUGGUGAAAAGACAUGUUCAUUCAAACGACAACUUCUUCUAAACCUCAUAUUUACUUAACGUGGUGAUCUUCUAGCUUUAUCAAUGUAUAACACUCGGGUUUAACUGGUUAACAUGCCCCGUGGUUAACAUAGUGUUGAUUUAAACAAUAAAACAAAAGAUUUAUAUAUUUCAUUUUUAGAUUUAAACACGUUAUAUCUUCAAAGAUUUUUCGUAUCAUGCCCCUCGGUAAACAUUGGCCACUUCCCGAUGGUCUCGUGGUAUGAAGCAUCAUAUUGUUGUCAUUUUGAAUUAGUUGCCGACGAAUUGAUCCCCUGGCAACAUCAAUAUCAACCCGGAAAACACGUGAUUUAUAUAAACCUGAUUAGCAAACUUAUAUGAGCUAUCGAGAAACAUUUGCUUUUUGUUUUUGUUUUUGUGUUCAUUCACACAGUAUUCAACUUGAUUUUGUAUAAAUGGAUAAGAGUUUUUAUUUAUGAUUUUAUAUUGUGUUUUUAUUUGCUUCAGCAAGUUAUAUUUCUGUUGUUCUGGCUUUCAUCUACGCUUUGACUGGUCUAAUGGUAACUGACUUGAAAGGCAUUAUCGUUUACUGCUAUGAUAUUUGAAUUGUGGUUGUACAGGGUAUGAAGUUUAUUGUAAUUUUCAUGUCAAUGUUUUUGCAAAUUACUCUGGGCUAACUAUGAGUUUUCGAGCUCCAUAAAACCGGUUUGAAAACACAAUGCUUCGAAUCGACCAUUCCUAUCCGGGUAUCCCGUUAUUAGAAUACAUAAUGGACCACAUGCUAUGAUAUGUUUUUUUACCGUCUGGUGCAGCUGAAGUUACAGUUUGUAUAUAUUUCAACCAUAAUCACAUAGUAUAACGGCAUGCGGUUGAAUCCACUUUCGAAGCCCUUUAAUAUGCAUUUGAAUUUUUAAUAUAUGAACUUGUUCAAUGUGUUAUGUUUAUUUUAUUCUUUGCUUUCUUAAAAUAAA